GAAUCGAAAGCAAAGCAAAGAAAACGAAAACAAUUGAUCAUGCAUGCUUAUCUCUCACUUGCAAUCCGGUCUAGAGCAGCAGUCUAUUACUUAUGCCGAAUCGAUUAAAUUCAGUUUUGCUUCAACAGUAUUCAAGUGUGGCUCUGUGAUCGUGUACUUCAUCAUGCAACGGAAAUGUGUGAUUCAUUUGAUACUAUUAUGGUUCAUCGUUGGUACAAAUGGAUGUGUAGCAGAGGAAUACCAUUGCAAUGUUGAAUACUAUUCCCAUGUUGUGUCAUUUUCCAAUGUAGUCGUUGAAGGAUCAGCAAUGCCUCGCUUCUCGUGUAGUAACAGCGAUAACAUUGCAGAUCUUAUAUUCAAGAUGUCAUUAUUGGAAGAGGUGCCCAAACAGUUGUUUGCUACUUUUCCUAAUUUAGUGGUGGCAAACUUCACCAGGAGUGGAAUCAAACGUAUCAAUCGAUACAGUCUGAACAGAGCAGUACAUCUUAAAAAUCUUUAUUUAAAAAGCAACGAAUUGCAAGAGUUAAACGCGGAUUGUUUUUAUGGAGCAGCAGUACUUCUUGACCUUGAUCUUUCGUUCAACAAUAUCAGCUCAAUUGAUAGAAUGGCGUUCAAUACACUGUCCAAGCUGUUGGUACUUUGGAUGUCUGGAAACAAGCUACGAUCGUUGGAUAGUAGAGUAUUCGAGCCACUCCAAUCGAUACGUACAAUUUAUCUCAACUCUAAUGAGCUCCAGGUCAUUGAAGCAUGUCUGUUUGUCGCAAACCAUAAAUUGAAAAAUAUUCUUUUGCAUAGCAAUCACAUCAGUGUGAUUGAAGAAGGAGCAUUUAGAGACGAAAAAUCUACAGAGUCAUCGACAGCACUGCUCAUACUGUCUCUGAGCAAUAAUAAGCUAACGAAAUUGAAUGUGGAAAAAGUUAAAAUAAUUCAGCUGUAUCUUACAAACAAUACGCUAGAGGCAAUUCUCCUAUCGCCAUGGGUUCAAACACUUUACGCGGAAAACAAUAUAAUAUCGAAUGUUACAGUGAGUGAUGUGACAAACAUGCAACUAAAAACGUUAAGGUUGGCAAAUAACUCGAUCACAUCUCUAGAAUCGAUACAAUUAUUUCAUUCACUAAACGAACUGGAUUUAUCAAAUAAUUAUAUCGGUCCAUUGAACAUCACUUGUCUAACAAAGCUAGUCUUCCUGAAAGAAUUGAGACUACAGCGAACGUUCAUUUCCAACCUCCAGCACGGAACCUUUGCACAGCAACAAUCUCUCAAAUGGUUGGAUAUAUCCUACAACAACCUCGAUCGGUUUGACUUUGACAUUCUUACGUCAUCUGCAGCGCUUCAGCAGAUCUUUCUGGACGGUAAUCGGCUAAAGUCGCUGAACUAUGAGCAUCUGAAGAAAACGUUCCCGGCGCUGGUAAAAAUCGGCUUGUCGGAAAACAACUGGAACUGUACAUAUCUGACUCGCCUAGUAAGCUAUUGUAACGAUCACGCAAUUAGACUGUUCAAGUCUCAAGCAAUACAGAUUCAGACGAACAUCAACGGUAUCUAUUGUUUCGACGACAAGAAUCCGGUGACCAACUGGAACAACACACUGCACCAGGUGCAGGCACUUGAUUCUCAUCUGAACGGCACCUCCGAGGAUAGUGUUCUGCAAACGUUGCUGCCAAGUAUGAUCGAUGACACGAAACGCUUCAGUGAAAAUCAUACAGACGUAGGGAACCAAACCAGCAAGCUGGAUUGGAUAAUACGUGACUUUACAAGGAAUCAGUUCACCCUAAUUAUUGCAGUAUUGGUUGUAGUGUGUCUCAUACUGGGAGUGAAUGUGUAUUUCCUUGUGAAAUAUCAUCGUAGGUCGUGUAGUGUUGAAAGAAAUCCCUAUGACAACAGGGACAACAGCGUGGGAAUGAUCAUUGAAUAAUGAUAUGGAUCCAAUAUACAGAUGUAUUUUAUUCUUCGAUAGUUUAUUUUGAUCUGAAAAAUGCGAUAGUAAACUAAAAUAUAAACAUGACAUUUGCAUGACAUUGGGUCAUUUCAACAUAUACUGUUUUGGAUGAAUAUUUAUUUCUAUGUGAAAAUGAUUAUUUUUAUUUGAGUCUAAAUCUGAUUGAGAUUUGAUCUGAAACGCGAGUCCGUCUAGUAAAAUUUUAAUCAUUUGCUUGAAGAGUAAAGUUUGGGCGUAUGGGACGAUAUGCUUUUUUAUAGUUAUAAUUAAACACAUUUUUGCAACUGCUUUGCUUUUUUAUUUUUAUUUAUAGUUAAAGGAUAAGAUUAUUUCUUAAACUUUGCAUUUGGUCAGGAAUAGCUGAAAGUUAUUACCGCGAAUUCUUGGGCUAACGGGAAUUGUUGUAUAUGCAAAAUUUGCCUUGCACUAUGCGACGUUUUACUGUCUUUCUCUAAUCGCGGUUCGUCGUCACGCAGUGAUGGGAACUUGCCAAGCUAACUUGGCUUACUGGUGUAGCAAAUGUAAUUGACCUAACCUGACUUGCGGAAAGCAAAGAAAGCGGAAACAUUUUAUCAAGCCUUAUCUCACACUCAAGAGCUGGUCUACAGCAGCUGUUUCGAAACGAUUUGACUCAGUUUUGCUUCAGAAGUGUACGAGUGUGGUUCUGUUAAAGCUACAUUAUGCAAGGGCAGCGGGUGUUUUAUUUAAUUCUAUUAUGGUCCAUCGUUGGUACAAAUGGAUAUGAAGACCAGUAUUAUUGCGAUCCUGAUUACUCCUCACAAACCUCAUUUGCCAAUGUAAUCGUCAAUGGAUCAACAGUGCCUAAUUUUUCAUGUAAUUACCAUUAUAACGUUCAAUAUGUGCAGUUUGAGAUGUCAUCAUUGGAAGAGGUGCCCAAACAGUUAUUCGACACAUUUUCUAAUUUGGUGUUGGUAAACUUUACCAGCAGUGGAAUCAAAUUCAUCAAUCGAUACAGUCUGGACAGGGCAAGAAAUCUUCAAAACCUGGAUUUGUCUAGCAAUGCAAUCGAACAGCUCAAUGCAAAUUGUUUUUCGGGAGCGACUGCCCUUCUUGAGCUUAAUCUUUCGUUCAACAAAAUCAGCUCAAUUGAUAGAAUGGCGUUCAAUACAUUGUCAAAUCUGGAAUUGCUUCGGUUGACUGGAAACAAGCUUCGAUCGUUGGAUAACAAAGUAUUUCAACCACUUGAAUCGUUACAUACGAUUUAUCUCAACUCCAACGAGCUGCAGGUCAUUGAAGCAGGUCUCUUUGUCGAAAAUUCUAAAUUGAAAAAUAUGCUUUUGCAAAACAACCACAUCAGUAUGGUAGAAGAGGGAGCUUUAGGAAUCUUCAUAUCUACAGAGUCGAUAGUUUCUUUAAGCAAUAACAAGCUUACGAAAUUGAAUCUGGAAAAGAUAAAAGUUACUCACUUAUAUCUCACCAAUAAUACGCUGGAUACUCUUAAUCUAUCGCCGUGGAUUGGAACGGUUUACGCGGAAAACAAUAUAAUAUCGAAUGUUACAGUGAGUGAUGUGACAAACAUGCAACUAAAAACGUUAAGGUUGGCAAAUAACUCGAUCACAUCUCUAGAAUCAAUUCAGCAAUUCCAUUCGCUCGUCGACCUGGAUCUGUCCAAUAAUCACAUCGGACCAUUGAACAUCACUAGCCUUGCAAAGCUAGCCAAUCUUCAGCAAUUGGGACUAGAACGGACGUUCAUUUCCAACCUCCAGCACGGAACCUUCACACAGCAACAAUCUCUUAAAUGGUUGGAUAUAUCCUACAACAACCUCGAUCGGUUUGAUUUUGACAUUCUUACGUCAUCUGCAGCGCUUCAGCAGAUCUUUCUGGACGGUAAUCGGCUAAAGUCGCUGAACUAUGAGCAUCUGAAGAAAACGUUCCCGGCGCUGGUAAAAAUCGGCUUGUCGGAAAACAACUGGAACUGUACAUAUCUGAUCCAGCUUGUGCGCUAUUGUAACGAACAUUCAAUCGAACUGUUCAAGUCUCAAGCGGUACAGAAUCAGACCAACGUCAAGGGUAUCUAUUGUUUCGACGACAAGAAUCCGCUGGCCAACUGGAACAACACAUUGCACCAUGUGCAGGCGCUGCAUCCUCAUCUGAACAGCACCACCGAGGAUAGUGCCCUGCAAACGUUGCUGCAAAGUGUGCUGGAUGACGUGAAACGGUUUAGUGAGAACCAUGCGGACGUAGCGAAUCAAACCAGCAAGCUGGAUGGUGCUGUGUACGAUCUGACGAAGAAUCAGUUCAACAUCCAGAAGGAUGUGAGCAGCUUGAGACAGUCACUAUUCGAGAUACGGCUUGCAUUGAUGGCGAACCGUACGAACGGAAGCGUUGGGGCGGAUAACGACGAGCUACGGCGUAUGAUCGAGACGGCAAACAAUCUGACGCUGGACAAGCAGGAGCUGAGUGCCAAAACACUCGAGUUUAAGAUAUACGAGCAGACGUUUAAGGUGGAUAAGGCGUUGGAGUUGGCAAGGGAAAAUAGCGAUAAGAUUGUAGUUCUAGCGAAACGAGUCGAGCAGUGGAUCAGCAACAUUGUGAGCUCGGGUGGUGCUGCUGGUAUGUUGGGUCAUGAUAGGCUGCCAAUCCAUCAGAGUGCAGCACAAGUUGAAGUCAGCAGCGGAAAUGGCAAUGGGCUGAUUAUUGCAAUGUUGGUUGUGAUGUGUCUCAUGAUGGGAAUGAUUAUGUUUAUUAUUGCAAAAUUCCACCGGCGAUCGUACGGUGUUGAACGAAGGCGCUAUGCCAACAGAGAUAGCAGCAUGGCAACGAUAAUCAAUAAUGAUAUUUAAUUCUAAAAAGCAUUGUGUUGCUUAGAGUUUGCUGUAUCAUGACUGUUAAAAGUAAAAACUUAUUUCAUGUGA